CCACAUACAUGUGCGGCAGAGGGUAGAUGCGAGAAGCCUUGGAGGUGUCGGUGGGAAUCCGGCCUUGCGAUCCGUCAGCAUCCAUCCAUCACAACGCCACAAACCAUUUUCGUGUACAUACACAGACAAGCCAGCGUGUUGACUCCGUCAAUGUUCAUCGCGCAGCUCCCGCAGAUGCCCUCUCGGCAGCUGCGGCGGAAGGUCAGGGUCGGGUCGAUCUCGUUCUUGAUUCGGAUCAGCGCAUCCAGCAUCAUAGGACCCGUCUUGUUCAGAUCCAACUGGUAG